UAUAUAUGUAUAUAUAUAGCAUCAUCAUCAAUUUUUCGAUCCUACCAUAAUUUAAUUUGGUAAUAAAAGUUAUAAAAGUAGAUAUUUUUCAAAGUAAGUAGCUGUAAGUGGUGUAUGUGGGGAUUCUCCUGUGCAUCCUCUUUCGAGGAAAGGGGCCUUGCCAUCGGAGAACUAUUGGAAUUAUGAGGAUAUUGGAUUUGUAAGUUGAGAAGAUUCAUCCUUGCUAUUUAUUCUUUAUUGGAAUUUCCCAUGAAUGGUAAUUGAAUUGGAUUCAUGUUGUCGACCCCAAAUUUGUUGGAAACAAGCUUAUAGCAUGUUUGAUUCUAAUUUUUCACUACAAAAAAUUCAUUUUUUGACCGUUACUUUCCUAAGUCAACCGUCAUUUUUGGCUUCUUGUCUCGUAGAUGAAACCCAUUUUUCUCUCUAACGGUCAAAAAAAUCAAUUCUCAUAAUCACUACCGAACAAGCCCUUAGUUUGUUGUUAUAUUUUAAUGUCUUAUAAGAAGUCAGAGUGGAAGACUAUAUUUGGUGGCAUGGGAACCAUAAAUGAUUCACUUGGCCAAUUUUUCUUGGUUUCAUGUUUCAAUUCUAAAGUCCCUAUUUAAAUCUGUUGCUAGUCCAUCUCUCUGUCUCUCUUUUGGAGGGAUGUUAAUUGCACGCUGUCCUAAAUGAUGGAAGACUUGCUCCACUUGUGGUGUUAUGGUACCUAUUAGAGGCAGGGGUUGAAGUAACAUUUUGAUACAAAUUACCUUAGCAAAAAACCGACGAUACUUUCGGAGAGCAGAAUAGGCGAGUAAGUCCAUAGGUUUGAUGUAUCAACAUUGACAUUACAGUAGUAAGUAUCAGGAUCUUUGAUUAUCAUAAUGUUCUUAUUUUAAGCUGGCUGUUCCUUGUGCCGACAAAUAUUCUUCAUGCGUACAUUAUCAUGGUUUAUUGCAAUUUAACAAGGCUGGUCCUGAGUAAAGUAAUGAGAUCAAUCUCGGCCAUCCUUGAAAUAUUUUUGCUUUCUUUCUGGCUCUCGAGAAAAUCUUUGCACAUAGUUUGGUUAGAUGAUUUGGCAUUUAAAUUGCUUGCGAUUUUGUCUAUGCUCGUGCUUUGGUGUACACAGUGUGGGCCCAGUAUAACUUUUCUUUCACACACUAAUUGAAUAGAUUAUUUUUGUGCACAUUGCAAACUAUAUUACGUCUGGGAGCAUUAUUAAAUACAAAUUGGGUUUCAACUCUUAAUUCAAUUAAUUUAGUGGCAAGUCACAUAAUUUCUAGGAUUUCACUUGGAUUUCAAAGGAAAUCUGAGUAAGGUAAAUCGGUAAUUCUAUGACAAUCUUCACUCAUCUCAUGACACAAUGCUCUGUUUAUGAUAGAUUCCAAGCGCUUGGACAAAUAUGAGCUUUGGAAACAUGCAUAGGGAUGUAGAUUGGGAGUGGGAGGAAUCAGGGUGGAGUUUUUGGUGUAUUUAUAUAAUUGGAAGUUCUUGCUCCCUCUGUGAAGAGCUAUUCAUCUGCAAAAAAUUUAGAGAGGAAGAGAAGACCCAAUUUUAAUUCAAAUAAAUUAUAGCUUUGGAGCAUAUAAGCAAUGGAGCUUGUGGAGCAACGCUCACCUUGAGGAUUGCUCUCGGUUUGCUUCAUACGAAUUAUUUUUAGCUUUUGAUUUUUCUGUUGUGAAAAUAUAUCAUAUCAAGACAGAAAUGUAAAGGAAUAUAUUUAACUUGGUUGUGUUUUUAAUGUUGCUUCAAGUCAUUUCCAACUAUCAAACAUAUUCAAGCUGCAGUAUUGCAGUGAACACGAUUACUUUCAAGGGCUAAAGAUGAGCGGUCGUUACUCUCGCAUGAUCUAUGUUGGCAACCUUCCUGCAGAUAUAAGAGAAUCAGAAAUUGAAGACCUAUUCUACAAGUAUGGUCGUAUAUUGGAUAUUGAAUUGAAGAUUCCACCUCGCCCUCCUUGCUAUUGUUUUGUGGAGUUUGAGAGUGCUCGGGAUGCAGAAGAUGCAAUCAGGGGCAGAGAUGGCUAUAACUUUGAUGGUUGUCGACUGAGGGUUGAGCUUGCACAUGGUGGCAGAGGGCCACCACAUUCAAGUGAUCGUCGCGGUGGUUAUGGCGGCCGUGACAGUGGCGGAAGCCGAUUUGGUCCUUCUCGCCAUUCUGAAUAUCGAGUUAUUAUUCGGGGGCUGCCAUCUUCUGCUUCUUGGCAAGAUUUGAAGGAUCACAUGCGAAAAGCUGGGGAUGUUUGUUUUGCUGAAGUUUCCCGUGACAGUGAUGGAACCUUUGGCAUGGUUGACUAUACUAAUUACGAAGACAUGAAAUAUGCUAUCCGGAAACUUGAUGAUAGCGAGUUUAAGAAUCCUUGGACCAGAAGUUAUAUCCGGGUGAAGGAAUACAAGCGCAGUCCAUCAAGAAGCCCAGGUAGGAGCCGCAGUAGAAGCAGAAGUCCUAGAAGGAACAGAAGCAGGUCAAUGGAUCGAUCUUUUUCCAGAUCACCAUCAAAAUCUCCUGUUAAGCCGUCUAGAGCCAGAUCAAGGUCAAUGUCAAGGUCAAGAUCAAGAUCAAGAUCAAUGCCAAGAUCGGCAUCCCCUCUCCAGGCAAGAUCUGGAAGUGCUUAAUUCUGUUGCAAAUAUGCUAUGCACUUAAUGGUACCGUGAGCAGACGGUUCCUUAGCAUAUGAAUGAUAUGAGUCGAGCAAGGAAAGUUGACUGGAUAAUGUCAAAUUAUAAGAUAGAUGUUCUUUUCUUAUAUUCUAUUAAUGGGCUUGUGGAUCUAACUAGGAUUGCGAGCAUUCGAUAAAUGUCUUUUUGGAAGCUGAGUCCGUUAAUUUUUAUUUGCGUCGUUGAGCAGGAUUUUAAUCUUUAUUAUGGCAUUCUGUUGAAUUGGAUUUUUGUUGUCAAGAUGCUGUCGUUUUCUGGAAUCAGAUAUUGCGUUUGAAUGUGUUUCUCUUCA